CAUAUAUACAAGAAACCUACAACUCCACUUCUCUAAGAAGAUUUGUCCAGGCACACGACAAAACACAAAAACAAAAGCCUCAAGAACAAAUCAAUUUAAUAUUUUUUUUAAAAAUGGAUCUUGAUUUAAUACAAGAUCUGCCCAUGCUCAAGUUCCCAUCAUCCAUCAAGAUCCCAUCCAACAACACCAACAUAGAUGAUGACGGCUGCGGCGGCUGCACCACUCCUACUUCCACCGACCACAAGAUUCCUCCCUCCACCGCCACUACUCCUCCUCCUCCGCCUCAGAAACGGCGCCCACCUCCGUCGCCAUCGUCUCUCAUCAGAUCUUGCAAGAGGAAGCUUUUGACGCCAUCAAAAGUUGAGAUCAUCGUCAACAAAGAGGAGAUUGAACGCUUCUUCUCCUCUGUUUACAAUCACUCAGCGACGUCAUCCCCCACACCAACCACCGCCAAGACGGCUCUCGCGGUGGUUAGGCGACGGAGAAGUUUCCGUUCUUGUUCUCGAAGAUGAUCAAUAAUUGGAGUUAACCACAAUAAUGUUAAAGGUUCCUUCAUUUCGAUAACUUUUUUAUUUAUUUUAAUGUAACGAUUCUCAACUUUACACGUCGACCUACUCUAUAAAUAUACAUGUGCUAUCGAUCGUUGGAAUCUUUCUUUUCUCACUAGCUUCAUGAAUUAUGUAAAUGCUCAAUAAUCUAUAUUCACUAAUUCACUGA